AGCCCAUAUUUUGUGCAUUAUCUAUUUAUUAUUAGUACUUAUAUAUGCACUACAUCAUGAUUUAUAAAGUCACUUUCCUUAUUUCUGCUUUGCUAGCACUCACUGGUACCGAAGCCAAAAUCUAUGGACAAUGCGAACUAGCAACAGCGUUGAGGAACCAAGGGGUUCCAGAAAACCAGGUCGCCACUUGGGUUUGCAUCGCCCAUGCCGAAUCGAAUUUCGAUACUACGGCAGUUAAUACCAACACUUGGGACUAUGGAAUAUUCCAGAUCAGUUCGAUUUAUUGGUGUCAAUCCGGAGACCAACCAGGUAACGGUUGUGGUAUAAGCUGUAACAGUUUGCUCAGUGACGAUAUCACCGAAGACAUCACUUGUAGCCGUCACAUUUACGAGGAAACCGAAAGAGAAGGAAAAGUACCUGGAUUUUUGGCCUGGACCACUUACCUGCCCAACUGUUCGGGCGAUAACAGCGGAUGGAUUGCUGGAUGUUGAAUCAAUUUGAAUAAAAAUAACUUAGAUUUAAUUUUUUAUAAUGUUUAAUUGUUGAUUUUAAUAUACACAAAAUACAAUCCCAAUUUGAAUAUUCCUAUAGAGUGAACCAAACAGCAAUGCAAAGUAUUUUC